GCCCUUCUUUUUUUGCGGGGCGGGACUUGCUGCAGAACUGCUUCCAGGUUCUCGAGUGACCUUGAGCCCCCGGACUCGAGAUGGCGGUUCUCUUAAAGCUGGGUGUCCUCUGCAGUGGCCAGGGAGGCCGAGCUCUGUUGCUCCGAAACCGGGUGGUCAAACCUGCUUGUGUCUCAGCGUUUCUCCAGGACCAGCGUACUCCAGGAUGGCAUGGCACACAGCAUGUUCACCUGUCACCAAGCCACCAUUCUGGUUCCAAGGCUGCCUCUCUCCACUGGACUAGCGAGAGGGUUGUCAGUGUUCUGCUCCUGGGCCUGCUCCCGACUGGGUACUUGAGCCCCUGCUCUGUGGUUGACUACUCCCUGGCUGCAGCCCUCACCCUGCACAGCCACUGGGGCCUUGGACAAGUGGUGACUGACUAUGUUCAUGGGGAUGCAUCGCAGAAGGCUGUCAAGGCAGGCCUCUUGGCAGUCUCAGCUUUGACGUUUGCUGGGCUUUGCUAUUUCAACUACCACGAUGUGGGCAUCUGCAGAGCGGUUGCCAUGCUGUGGAAGCUCUGACCUCUCCAGGGCAGCACUUUAGAUUGUAUGCCUCUUCGCCUCUGCUCUGUCAAUGCCAUUCAGCUCCCAGUGAGGAGGGAUGAAGGAGAAGACCAUUGGUGGGCAGAAUUUCUUCUAAUUACAAUGGUUACUUUCAGAAUUCAUUUGCUGAGAAAAAGGUUUGGGAGGAGUUAGAUUCAACUAGCCAUGAGUCUGGUUCCAUAUACCCCUGAGUUGGUGGUUGCCUGCUCGCAAGACUCAGCGGUGUAAUCAUGCAUUUUGUGAGCUCAUGUUGCCUUUGACUACCAUUUCUUGAGGAGAGUUCAGCUUAUUUCUGUUGGGGUAAGGGAAGGAGGACUGUUCAUUCACGUGCCUAGACUUUGCAUGAAAUUGGGAAAUACUCCACUGUUGAGUUGAUGCCGGCUGUUGAUGGCUCUGCCUCUGGGAACUCAGAUCAGCAGAUGCUGAGAUCUCAAAUUAGUAAUGAUGUUUUUUGAGUCUUAAGAAGGAACUCGAGGAAAGCUGAGUUUAGAGAAGUUAAAUUUAGGGAGUUCUCCUUUGUAGGUGAGUAAAAUAUGUCAGAUUCCAAACAGGCUUACCCUUCAGAUUAGUGUCACUUGUGCAGAAAUAAGCUGUCCACAGAUAAAAGACUGAGUGGUUUCCCUCUGUGGGAAUUGCUAAUGAAAACUAGACUCUGUAAAAGCAAAAUUUUUAAAUAAAAUACUAUAUAAUGAA